CAGAAUUAAACUGGCAGCAUGCAUUCUACCCUCCCUCUGCUGGCUCUAUGCGCUGUGCUGGGUAAGUUCUCACUGCUGAUACAGUAACACAGGAAGGGGCUGUGCGGGGACACUGGGGGGGAAUACAUUGAGCAGGGCUGGGAAGACCUGAUCUCAUGGGAGAUUGGAGAGAUGAGUUUAAUCAUUUCCUGCUUUAUGAUUUUACAUGUGUUUAGUCAAAUGAUGAGGGGGUGCAAAAUAAUUGUUUGAAUGGUUUAUCGUUGUGUUAUUUGUAUUGAUUCCAGUAGAGUUUGUAAUUUAUACAUUUUUACCAGUUCCAUUUAAGUUUGCGGUGUGUGUAUAUGUAUGUAUUUCUCACACAAACACACGUUUUAAUGUAAAGAACGUAGAAAUCGAUAACUGCAUUUUCUGUGGAAGUUCCAGGCUGCAUGGGAUGUCGCCAGCAAUGUUGCUGUGUUUUACAUUAGAUCGUAUCAGUAGGAGCUUAUUGUUGGGAAUUUGCUUAUCGGGAGCAAAUGUUGUUUUUAAAGUGAUUAAAACAGUUUGCAUUGUUUGCUGGCUUUACAGUGGAUCUAAAGACAUAUCGUGCUUAUAGCCCAAGAGAACGUAAAACUAGUCCUAUGCAGUGAUGAUCACUGACUAGCUUGCUGUUAUAGCGUUUUCUGAGCCAUUCCUAUAUAUAUAUAUGUCAUGUCACGGAUACCAUGUAUCUGUGAGGGAACGUUUCCUGUGUGAAUUAGCAGCAUAUGAUGGGAGUUAAGAUGCAUGCAAGAAAAAAAUAAAAAAAUAAAAUAUCUAAUGACUAAAAGACAUAUGAAUAAGAAAGUCUUAAAAAAAAAAAAUGAGUACAGACAAAUCUGCUCCCCCAAAUCCCCACCACUUAAAUCAGCCCAAACUGUGACUGUAACUGAGUUGAAAGAUUUCCCCAUACCAGCUAUUUUUGGCCUCAAUUUUACAAUAACUUUUUCAAUUCCCUGUUUAGUGAAUAAACCCUUUUCUAACUCUCUCCCAUUUUAGGUAUUCCCCUCUCGUAUUUCAGUGUCCUUCACAUUUGAUUGUAAUAGUUCUCUUUCUUCCAUUGUUUUCCCUUUUAGUUUAAUUUGUUGUUUUUUCUUCUCAUUCUAAUUUGUUUUUCCUUCUCUCUGACUCCUCCUCACUAUCUCUGUGUUACAGUAGUCUGACUAGUCUGACCACCAGCCAUUAAGCUUAAUUGACCCUUUUAUUGCCAGAUGACAUUCUAAAUAAAGUUUUUUAAAUAAACACUUCACUGGCCCACUGAUUAGAAAGUUUACUUUCACAGGGGGUCAUUGAAGCUCAGAUGAUCCAUUGGUGAUAUCUAGAGUGCACAGUAGAUGACUGAAGUGUUAGUUUAGCUGCAAAAAAUUAAAACAGCCCUUUUUGACAUGUUUUGAUAUGACAUUUGUGUUUGUUUUACAUGUUUGUGCAAACAGACAUUGGCUUGCUCAAUUUAUUUAUUUGAAAAUGUUGUAUGCAGUCCAUAGACUAUAUUGUGAAUGUUUAAAACACAGCUUAGUUUAUUUGUUCAAUGUGGAUUAGAUAUACUUUGCUUAAAGGGAAGUGUCUUCAUAGUUUUCGUAUAGCUCAUCCAUUGUAAAUAUGUUAAUAAAAAUAAUAAUAAAAUAAUGUAUUUGAGAUUUUGGGUUUUGGAGGCUACCCAAAAUAUAUCAUGUAGUUUGACAGAAUUUGAAUUCUUACUUUGUUCCCUACAAUACUUUUUGCAAAGAAUGACCAAAUAAAUUAUCAUAGAUUACAUUGUAUCUCUCAUCUUGCAAGGCUUCACAAUUCAUAGGUUCUGGAAAGAAGCAAAAUUAGCAUUUCUUUAAAAAGAUAGAGGAGGUGUGAUUUAAAAAGACUAAUAAAUUCGUCCAGUUAGUUGUAAUAUAUUAUUAUUCAUAUUGAAGUGUUUUACUAAAAUAUGUGUGUUAUGUCAGAUGUUAUAUCAGUAUACAUGCAUUCCUAAACAGAAAUUGUAAUAAAAAAAAAAUAUAUAUAUAAUAAAUAAAUAAAUAUAUAUAGGGUUCAAAUGAAAAUAAGUAUUUAUUUACAGCCUGUAGUGCAAGGAAAUGUUGGAAUUUAUAUAUAUAUAUAUAUAUAUAUAUAUAUAAUACAAAAAGUUGGAUUGGAGAAUUGUUCCAAAUGUGUAUUGGACACUUGAAUUUCGCAACUCAGUUUUUAAUUUGGUGCUUGGUGAACAAACCUGAGUGUCAGCAGAAUACAAACAUUAUGUAUAUCCAGGCAUUAUGUUCACAUAUUGUAAGUACAGUUGCCUGACAGAGACCAGACAUCUGUAUUUCCUUAUACCUGGAAACUAUAUUAAGUAUCAUUAUCUGUGCAGUCUGCUAUACAGUAUCAGAGAGGAAUACAAUGACAUUAUUUACAGUUGGAUACUUCCUGUGACACUAUAAAUUAAAUGAAAUAGUCUUUAUUGAAUUAUAUUUAAUUUUGCAUAAUUGCAUUGCAAUUACAAAGCACCAUUCAAAAUAAAAGCAAUCUGUGUAUAAAUGUCAUUGGGAGUGAGGGGGCGGUAGAAAAAUAUUUGCAAAAUAAUGAAUUUGCCACUUGUGUAUAAUGGCUUUACUAUGAUUUAAAUAUUAUUUUAGAUUUCUGAUAAAGUUAACACAGCUGUACAACAUUGCAAAAUGGUUCACUUUAGAGUAGAGGGACAGUCUGGAAUAGAUUACUUUAUAGAGAAAAUGAAUUAAUAUAUGGGAAAAAAUAAUUAUUACAUUAUUUAUGUUAAACAUGGACAAAUGUGACAAUGUACUUUUAUUUUGUCACUCAUGUUAAAAUGAAUCAGUCACUUUUGGAGGUCUUUGCACAUUUUGCAAAGACCUUGAAUGUGAUAAUUUUGGUUAGUGUAUGGUGGCUGUGGGGUGCAGUCGAAAGUAGGUUUACUUACCUAUAAAAGUCCCUCGUCUCCACCGCCAUCUUUAAUCUGGGGACCCAGUGCAGCUCCAGGCACGUCAUCUGCAUGCGCAAGAGUACAUCAUUGAGAUCUAUAGAAGAUCCACAGGAGCCUCUAUAGAUCAUGUGUUGCAGUGAGUGAGAUGGUGAAUCUCAUAGCCAUCAAUUGUGUUGGCUUCUGGGAUUGGACAAAAAUAUGACAGUAGAGCUCUACCUGUUUGUCAACUUUUGUCAACCUAAGACUUGUUCAUAAGUGUUGGAUUGUGUUGGAAUUUCAAUAAAAUAACAUAACAUCAUACUCAGAAUUAGUAAUAUAUAUAUAAGAUGUUUUAAUACCACAGAAAGUCCAUUUACUCUGGUUGAUCUAACUUUGAUGUAAUGAACACAGUGAGGAUUGGAUAUAGAAUAUAUUCCUUAAAUAUUGUGUUAAUCAACAGUAGGGAGAAUUGUACAAAAUGUAUAAUGCUUUGUGUUUACUUUUUGUAUAAAUAAUAAUUAUGACAAGAAACAAGACAUGCAUAUCUCAAGGUAUUCCCCACUGUAUAAUGCAUGUUUUACCUAUAUGUAAUAUUUAUAAUAUAUGAAAUAUAUUAAUACAUACUUGACUUUCAGAGAAAACAUUUACAUUUUUUUCAUUGAGUUUUUUUUAUAGGUUAUUAACUUACUGGCCAAAAAAAAAUGUAUUUAUAAAAAAAAAAAAUGUGAAACAUAUAAGGAGCAGUGGUUUUAUGACAUUUUCUGUUUCAGCAGGAUAUUCAGAAACGGUACAUCUUCCCCACGUGCAGACCUAUGAAAGGGUGUUCCCCCAAAGGCUUCACCUGGAAAGAUUAAAGAGGGACCUGGCACAGGUAGAAACACUAUUCUUUCAUGUAUGCUACUUAUGAAUUAAUUUAUGGAACACAUAUCAGUUCAUCAUGGGCUGCCAAAAGAGAACAUUUGGUAUGGCAGAUCGAAAUUUUAUUCCAUUCUCUCAUUGCUGAACAGUGAAUGUUCGUCUUUGGAACACUGACAUUUCUCAACAUUCUGAUUUGGAACACUACCAUGCAGAAACACACAGAUGGAUAGAUCAAACUCUAUUUCAUAUUAUCUCUGUCUUUGCCAUAUUAACAGUCGAAUUGGGUGAAGAGAGGAACUAGUGGCAUCCAAGAGGUUAAAAGUGGGAUAACUGGGAGCUUUUUCUCUCCAUAAAUAAAUCCAAUUAGAGAUGGCUGACCUCUUGUAACAAAACUCAUAAACCAUUUCAAGGAGCCAUAGUUCAACAGCUUGUCAAAAACUGGUCCCUUUCCUUCCCAUGAUUCAUUCAUUUAUAUAGAGCUAUUUUUCAUGUCAGAUGAAAGUGCUGGUUUAUGGGACCCUGACUACAGACAGUAGAGUGAGAGAGAUGGUGGGAUUACACACACACACACACACACACACACACGCAAAGAUAAUGUAAACAGUCUGGAUACUACACACUUAUUCAUUCCCACAAAACAUGUAUUUUUACAUUAUUGACUUAACUACUCAGUGGUUUAAUGCAAUCCUAUUUGGCUUCUAAAGAAUUAACUGUAUCUAUUAAGCAUGCUAAUGAAGGCAUCAGCAAGAAGGUAUAUUGAACACACCACCAAUUAUUAUAAAAGCACACAUUAAGAACUAGACUAGACUAGAACAUACUAUCAGUUAUAUUGAUUUGAAUUAUUUUAUUGAUUUCAAUACAUUCUUACAUGUAGCACUACAGCAUAUGGUUUCAAACAAAUUGCAAUUUGUCUGAAUUUUAGAGCGCCAUGUGAGAGUAUCACAAAGCAAAUGACACAUAAAAUUGCUGAACAGUUUAAUUCGAUUGAUGAUUUGCAGUCCCACCCAUUUAAAAAAAGAGAUGAUUGAUGGGAAAAAAAAUAUGACUGAUGGUUAGGAGACAUUAACUUAAUGUUUAUUUUAUUCACAGAUGACCAAUGACCAAUAGAGGGGGGAAAGGAGGAUCAGUAAACAAAAUAUCUCUCUCUAUAUAUAUAAUUUUAUUGAUUUACUUAUUUAUUUUUACUGCUUUUCCUUUUUUCCCCCUUCUAUUGGUUACGUUUUUUCUGUGAACCAAAUGGCAGGGAAAUGCGUCUAUCAAUGUACUGUGAAAUAUAUACAUGAAAUUUACAUUGUGGAUAUAUUUAGAGUACACUGAUGGGUCCAUUUUUUGCAUUUGUCCAAACCGUUUUUAUCUGAAUUAUUUUUUUUUGGGGACAGAUUGGUUUGGCCAAAUCAAAUUUUAAUGCCAUGCAGACGUUUUACUACAGAGUACGUAUUGCUGCAAAUACUUUAUGCAGUUCUGGUUUUAACAUUAAUGUUUUUUUGUAUAAUAUUUGUGUUUGCAGUAGUCUUUUUUAAAUUAUAAUUCCAACUCUAAUGCUUUGAGCAGGACUGUGAAAUAUAAUGGUGCUUUUUCAAACCGAGGAAAAAAAUAUUAGUAAUGUUGGCUAUUAAGUAGGGAUGUAUAUUUGGUUUAUACAUAUGUGUACAUGAAAAAUUCUACAGUGACUUUGUGCAUACAGCCGCGCCUUAGCCGUGGAAUGGUAUUCCAAACCAACUCUGGGAUGUUCACACCAGGAUUAUUUAGUCUGCUGUGGCUUCUGUUCUCCUUCUCCUGUGGUCCAUCCCCAUUUCCUGAAGUACAGUCUCAUGGCUGCGAUUAAAACCAGCCCUUCUCAGCACAUAUUAGGGAAAAGCAGAGCCCCAGAAGCACUGAGAUCACUGAGAUAACAGGAUAUCCAUCACAACCAUCUCCGGAAGGUUAAUAGUUUCUUUGAAAUAACCUGUAUCAUGGCAGUGCAUGGAAUCCGCCUCUAUUUAUAUAUCUCAAUGAGAUCAAUCAGAUAUUAAACAGUCUGACACAGUAUUAAAAUAAUGAGUUUUCCAUUCCAGUACCCUUACAAAACAGGAGCCCAAAUGGAUUAAGUAUUCAUAUGUCUGUUUCAACAUUCUAUCAUAUAAGUCUAAGUAUUCCCUAGCUGUUAAAUAGGAAAAACAAAACAGACCAUGUACUGCGUUAUAUUAUUGCAUAUUCUACAUACCAAUAAAACUGAUAAUAUGUCAGUGUCUCCUUAGACCGUAGUCUGCACUGCAGAUCUACGUAUACAAUGAGCCCAAAUGUAAUCCCACCCAAUUUUAGGUGAAAUCGCACCUAAAAGUCCUUUAAUCUAAUAGCGAAUGAAAAUAGAUGUGUGACAUGUAGAUAUGAUCAUUCUUAAGAGCAUGAAUAUAUAUGCUAGUAAUUAUAUCGUAAUACAAAAAAAUACAGUGAUGUAUCACAGGCACAGCUGGACAUAGGCUGGGUGACUGGGUCCUUAAUGAUGUUGUGCAUAACACCUCAGAUUUUUAAACAAAGGUCACUUGCAGUCACCAGACUACAGAAACACAAUAUAGUUGUUGAAUUACACCUUUUUUUGUGUUGAUCUUAUUCGUUAAUUUGUAGACCUGGCCAAUGAAUAAACCGUUUAAAAAAACCAAAACAAAGUUCUCUUUAUGUCUUUAUCCACAGAAUCUCUACCCAGAACAUGCGCGCUAUGCCCUGCGUUUUGGAGGCAAGAAUUACACCAUAACGUUACAAAAGAACAGGUAUUGACACAUUAUUUUAUGGUGCUGAUGGUGGGUGUGUAUGGCAUUCUCUCUUCCAGGAUAAAAAAAACAAAAAAAACAAUUGUGAUUGCUAGUAGACUAAUAUCAUACCAUUUCAAAUAGAUUUGUGAAAUAUAAUAGAUAGGCAUUGACGUGAACCUAUUUAUCACACAGAAUUAUAGCAUUUAACAAGCCCUACUCUAAAAGUAAAACCUGGAAACUAGAAACCUGAGUUUUCUCAGUUAGUCAUCGUUGCCAAUAUAACACCCAAAGCUUUCAGUUUGAAACCACAGAACACAGUUAUUCUCUAUACUUAGAAUAUGUCAAGAUUUAGAAUGCCUCUCUUAAGAUAUAAAGCAGAAGUCUGCUUCUUCCUCCUGUCAUUCGAAAUGUGGGCUAGUUAAAAGUAAAGAUGGUCACUCCUUCCUAAUGAGGUUACUAAUGACUAUCUUCGGGGAUUUACAAUGUGGAUGAUUAAAUACUAAUUAUAAGCAUCCAGUUUUAAGCUUUUUUUUUUGGCAUAGAAUGCAGGUCAUUCUGCAGAGAGGCACUAUGUGUUUAGAAAUGCAAUGUGUGUUAGAUGUACUAUAUGUUGUGCGUUUGUGUGUUUUGAGGAUGUAUAUGUUGUCGGCCCUGCGUACUAUGUGUUAAAUCGCUCUUUACUUUGCCACUACAUACAGUGAAUACAGUUUUCUUUUCUGUAAUGAGCCUAUUUUCACAUACACAUACAUUGUCUUACAUUCUCACAUAAUAUCAGGAUCCCUUUUAUUUGCAAGAACAUUUUAUUAAUACUUACACAAUGAAUUGAUGAGGAAACAACACUGUUCUUUAGAAUAUGAUCAGAAAAUGUAGAAAAUGAUCAGAAAAUUAAUUUAGCAAAAAAAAUAAAAUUAUUAACAAUCUACACUUUUGUUCCCCCCAGAGAACUACUGAGCAAAGACUAUACUUUAACAUAUUAUUCAGAAAAUGGAACAGAGGUGACAGAAGCCCAAAAUGGGCAGGUAAGUUCCUUUUUUGUUAUUGUACCAACAGUGUCUUCCUUUAUUGUACACAUCUCUAAGGCAACCAAACAAGGCAAAAACACUGUGUUUCAUCAUAGAAACAAAUGGUCUGGGCGCACUAUGCAAUACUCGUUGCAAGAAAUGUUGAAAUUGGUGUAGUCAGUGUUUUAUGAGCUAUCUAAAAGCUGGAGCUGUGCAUACACAUACAAAGUGGUGCUCUGUGAAUCCACUUAUAUAAAGUCCAUCAAAAUCUAUAUAGGCAGCCAAAUGUAUCAUAUUUCAGCAGAUAUAAUAUAAAGGCAAUAAUAAAAUUAUAAAUGGGGUUUAGGUCGGGGAAUCAAACCUGAUCAGCUCCUGUUCUGCCUCUAAUUUAUCAACUCACCCCACCCCCACCCAGUUCUGCCUGUAACUGAUAUAUUUUUGAUGCAUUUAAUAUGCUUAGACUGUGUGCGAAGCAGGGAAGUCCUGAAAGAACACCAAUUUCUAUAAGGUGUUAUACUUCCAAUGUCUGGAUAUGUGUUUGGUCAAAGAGUCUAAUUUUAUCAGCUAUCUAUAUACCUUACCAUAUAUGUAGCAUAGAUCAUAACUCAUUAAAUGUUUUAAAAAAAAAAAAUUGUAAGAAGUAACAGUCACACAGCGAAACUCAUAGGGUAUCUUGUUACAUGGUUUCUAUACUCUUAUUUCGAGUUGAGUCAUGUUGGAUUUCCUGAUUACCUGAUUAAGCUCUGAGAUAAUUUAUUUGUGGGUGUGACACAAAAACCACUAAAUGCUAGUGUUCUUAAUCAUGGGUUAGUGAUAUAUUUAUACAGAUUUUAAUAAAAUAAUCUACUGCUUUAGUAUAUGCCGAAAAUUUGUAGUAGUUUGGAUAAAAAGUAUUUGCAGACUGGUCCGUAAAACCUUGUGAGCCUUAACUUCUUUGUUAUCCAGUAUUUUUUGUUCAGAGGACAUAUACCACUGUUCUAGGUAUUUGCAAGGAACAUAAAAGCAUUUAUUGGGAAUGUAGAUUGUUACCAGAAUCUAAACAGAAUGUUUACUGAUCUCCUGUACAGAAUGGGAAGGGAAGGAAUGGCAAGCUUCUAAAAAAAAAAAAUAUAUAUAUAUAGAAAAAAAAUAAAAACCUUAAUUUCAACUUCACUCAAGUUUAGAAUUUAAUCCAGUGGAUAUGCAAAUUUUCUUGGAUUAAAUUCUAAAUUUGAGUGAAGUUGAAAUUAAGGUUUUACGUAAUUUUUUCUAAUUUCUUUUUUAUUACUUUGCCGUAGGUUGAGAAUAAAGGGGUUAAUUUUGUAACAUCCUCUCAAUUUAUAACAUUUUAAUCUAAAAUCACAAAAAAAUGACCUACUUAGAAUUGAGAGAAAUCUCAAUGUGUUCUUCCUGGUAAAACACUUUCUAAUUAAAUAAGAGAAGCAAGAUUAAUGGGCAUUAAUAAGUUUAUAAUGUGCUGUUUCACCAACUCUGCAUCACGCCUUCUACUUAUUUAUAUCAAAUAUUGCCCCCCUUUAUUUCUGUGUAAAAUGUGCCUAAAUGUAAUAGCAUGCAGCAGAAUGAUUAAAAUUUAGCGAUCAAAAGCAAAUAAUAUUUCAUAGAACGGUAAAAAAAAGUUUCAUCCAUUUUCUGAGAACUGUUCAGUAAUGAAGCGUAUACUUUCCUGUAAACAUUGAUACUAUUUCUAUGGUUUCCAAGCAACAUGUGUCAGGCUUUUUCACACUUAGAUCCUGCCAUAUUGAGAUGAGCCUCCAGUUUCAUGAUUUUACAAAAACAAAAGCCAUGUCUAUGAGACUUUAAACCGUGUACCUUAAUCUUAAUAUUCCCAUCAGUUCUUUCAUUUUUAGUUUGACAUUAAAGCCAGAAAUCUUUAGAUGGCUAGCCAAGCCCCACAAUUCCUUUCCAGAAACUAUGAGUUUCAACUUUCAUUCAAAUAAGAAGACCGCCAUUUUUCAAAGCUUUAUAUUCAGCGUAGCACCUUUAAUUUAAAUUUUUUUUAUAAUCAAGUACCUACAAUAAAAACCUUUUUAUCAAGUAAUAAAUUAACUGGUUUAGACGGAUCCUCAGACACCAGAAUGAAAAAUUGUGAGACACCACUAAGUAUUUUUUUUAAAGUCAAGCAUGAUGGGAGAGGGGAGGGAGGGAGGGGGGGAGUUGUGUGUACCAGGCAAACCCUUCUGCUGUUCUACUUCUUCAGUUUUCCUUGCAGUCUGUCUUCUAGAAGGCUGGGAAAAGACCUGCUUGCUUUUGUUCUCUUAACACAUGGCUUAGAAUAAGCAUGUUUGUCUCCAAAGAACAGACUGUCCUCAAAAAUGUGUUCUUCCAUCUGUUCUGCAGAUUUUUUAGCAGAAAUCAAUUUAUGACAAGGUGACUAAAAGUGUAGUCAAUCAUAGUGGUAUAGCACAAUCUAUAGAUUACAUUUUACUGCUCCACUGAAUAAUAUCUCACCAUCAUUUGUGAAUCAUGUGUCCACUUAAAUAACCUACACCUAGACACUUCCUGUUGACUUUUUCCCCUACAGAUGUCACACUGGAUUCCCCCCCCCAAGAUGUAACUAGUCAUAGUACCUUCAGUUUUCCAGGAUUACCUUUGAAUAAUUUAGCAUAUUGAUCCAUUUUACCAGGAACACAACAGAUUGCUAAUUUUAUUCCACCUACUUUUAGUGAGCUUAUAUGUGUCCCUGACAAUAUGGUGGAUCUGGUAACCCUAUAUAUAUGUCAAUAGAUUGCAUGCCACCAAUUAUUACGCUUGUAACCUGAGUGUUAUUCUUUUAUUGUCAGGAUCAUUGCUUCUAUCACGGACAUGUGGAAGGUGAAAGUGAGUCAGCUGCCAGUAUCAAUACCUGUAAUGGCAUAAGGUAAAUCACGCUAUAAUAUUGUAUCUGUAAUAAAGAAUGUGCUGUGCACACAUGAAUAGGUACUCAGACGAGACAGCUUACUAAUCAAUGGAUCGUUAUGCCUAUUACAAGCUGUUGGCAUGCCCCUUCUCUAUGACAAUACUAUUUCAAUUAUUCAUAAAUAUAGUUUCCCUUUACAUCUCACUUUGGCCUCAAUUUAAUUAGUUUAAAUCAGCAUAACAACUUAUUCCAAAACUUUUUUCAAAAUGAUUUAGCUACAAAAUUCCCAUAGACUUUAAAGGUGACUUCUGUGGAUAAAUCAUUUAAAAGUUGUUUUUUAACAGAUUGUAAUAAUUUCUGAUGAUGAUUCAAAUAUUGAGGCUUUUCCUUUGUCCUUUUCUAUUGUGACAUGUUAAAAUGGUUUAUUCCAAGCACCAUGACCACUUCACUGAUUUUAAAGUUGCGCUUUGCUUUGAAACACUGCACAUUCAGACAUUAACCCCUUAGCUGCAGAGGUGUAACUUCUUUUCCAAUGGCGUCAUUAGCCAGACCAGAACAAUUUUCUGUUUAUUAUGUGCAAAAUUGGAGACUGACAGCCAAUUGCAGCAUGCCCCUACCCCUUAGUCCAACCUCCCUCGCCUCCUUGAUGUCAGCCAAAGAGGAUCAGGCUUAGAUUAGAGAUUGGACUGGGCAGUGUAAUUGAGGUGAGUUUUUUAAGUGUUCACAACCUCAGAAACGGUUACUCUAACCAAAACCAACGUCUUAUGAAAACACUAAUGGUUUGUUUUUUGUUGGAAUAAUUCUUUAAAUCCAUUCCUGUGUUUGAAUGGACCUGUCAUUUUAUUUAGGAAAUACUAAAUCCAAAUGAUGAUUUUGAUGAUCAAAAAAUAAUUUGUAUCUUAACUCAUCCCUUAAUUGUUGUACACUGGUUAUGUUUUGUGUGUUUUAGCGGUUUACCCUAUUCUCCUCUAAAUCACGUUUGUUUGUUUUGUCAUACUUACGAGGAUGUGGUUAAAAAAUCUAUGGCAUUCUUAGUAGAUAAACAACAUACAAUGAAGGAAACAAACAGAGCAUACAAACUAAGAGAUAAACAUUAACAUACAAUAUCAAACUCAGCUCUUUUACAGCGUAUGACACCACAAAUUAUAACAUUAUCAUUAAUAAUACCCAUGCCCAGAAAUUAUUCUUAAAUUGCCAUCAGCAGAUCAGAUUCUGUCCCAUUCAUAAUUUUGUGUAUCCCAUCAUGUGAUCUAAAGAAGGACACUGGUUAGUUGAAAAGCUUUGUUGCCAGAGCAACAGAAGUUUAUUGUUUUUGUUUGUUUGUUUAGAUUGCUUUUUCCCCCCAUUUCCAUUGCUUACAAGCAUUUAGUUUAUCUUUUGUAAGGAGCCCAAAAAAAGGAUUCCUAGCGGGUUAAAGGCAUUCAAACAUUACAGAACUUACGGAGCGGAAAUGAGUUCCUUUUUCUAACUGUUAUUGCUUACACUACAAAUCUCAUAACGACAUACAGGAAAUGAAGCGAGCGGAGGUAAUUUCUCAUAUUGUCUAUUUCCUGGCCUGAGGGAUGAAUUCUCCUUAUGGGUCUCGUCCCGCUGUGAGAGAGGAACAUGUGUAUAAUACAGAGAGAUAGACGUGACGAAAUAGAGAUAGGCGUAAUUAUAUCUAAAUAUACUUAAACAUUUCUCUUCACUUCAAAUUGGAGAAGGAAAUGUGUACAUUGUCCGUACUGCGCAACCAUCCUGUGAUUUACACAAUAAAUAGUGACAUCAUUUAUAUAUUCUUAUACAUUUUAAAUUACAGGAUUUUAUUUAUUCAUGUGAAAGUGAUAUAAACAAAAUGGGACCCAUAAAAAAAAAAAAAAGUAGGAUAUUUUCUAAAACUCAUCAUAAACAGGAAAUAAUUUUAUAAGUUUUAUAAUUUUUAUUUUUUUAUGGUCCAUCCAUCACCAUUGACUCUAUUUAGAAAUUCACUAAUAACUGUUUAAUUUCAAGUUUCCACAUCACACCUGAGAAUGCCAGGAGCUAGCUAUUGUAUAAACUAAAAAUCAAUACGUUUGUAACCCAUUUGGCAAGAUUUGUUUUGGCACUGGAUGAUUGUCCUAAAAUAACAAAAGCUACCAGUUGGCUAAUCCGAGCACUGUAAUAGUGAUUCGGGCAUAUCUUGGUAUUUAUGGUGGUACUAGUGUUUUAUUAAUUCAAAGCAAUAUAAAUUGGCUCUCCAUCAGAUGACUGAGUGUCCAAAGCAGUUGUUUAAUCAGUUUUUUUUUAUGUUGCCACAUGUAGCUAAACAGGUAUACACUUAGCUGACAAUUACUAUAAGAUUUCUAUGGCCAAACAGUAAUCAAUUGUUUUUCAUUUUAGUGGGUUCCUGCAUGUUGAAGGACAGAUGUAUCUGAUUGAGCCAUUGACCGGGGCUGGUGAAAAGGGGGUACACGCUGUUUAUAAACAUGAGCACCUCAGAUUGAAGAGAGGGGUCUGCCAAGGGAGCAAUGCAACAACUGUUUACGAUUAUGGACCCAAAGUAGCAGCGAUGCUUAAACCUCAGCCAUGGGUGAGUAUGACAUCCUAUACAUAACUUUACUACACUUUACAGAACAUUAUGAAAUUAGGAUCUCAUCGUGGCUAGAUCCCGGAACAUGCAGAAAGUAUCUUGUAUUUCACACAUCCCAAGAUACCUCAGAAAUAGGGGCUUCAGCCAUUAAAUAAUAAAAUUUGUGGAAAUUAAAAGCCAUGGUGCAAUGCAAACGUUUUGUGAAAAUAGCUAAGUUAGGAAAAAUUCUAAAACUUUGUUUUAACCAACAUUUUGCCAUUUAAAACACCUGAAUAAACAUCCAAGUGUGCACAUUGUACUAAGAUAGCAAAUAAAGACAGAUGACCGAGAAUCUGGUAUCUCUCAUAGUUAUAACAAAUGUGUCUUUCAGAGAGCUGCUACCCUGCAGUCCGGAACUAAAUACGUGGAGCUUUACCUUGUUGUGGACAAUGCUGAGGUGAGUGAGUGACAAAAGUAGCUUUCAGUCCCAAUCUUCACUGCAUCUUCAGAUUGUAAUAUUACUUUAUUGUUAUAUCCAUACAGUAUGUUAAAUACAAAGACAUGGCUACCGUGCAUCAUCGCAUGAAAGAAAUUGUUAAUCACGUGGACAAGGUAAAUCUAUUUCUGCUACAAUGCCCCUAAUUUACUCUCCAAUAGUGUUCCCUUAAAUUUCUAAAAUCUACUCCACCAUAAAAAUCUAUCAAAUAAUACAUUCUUCUCCACUUUAAAUGUUGUCCUUUUGAAAUGAAGCUGGAGGUGUUCUUGCCAAGGGCAGGCCAUUGUAGUAAAUUUAACAUGAUUAUAUGAGAGGGUAGUUCUGGCAGAACAUGCGGUUUCACGUAUGGUAAAUAUGUUUUUUAUUUUAGUUGUAUCGUGCCUUAAAAUUCCGUGUGGCUUUAAUUGGCAUGGAAGUGUGGACGAAUAAAGACAAGAUCACCGUGAGCACCAAUGCUGGUAAAACUCUUGAUAAUUUCCUGAUGUGGCGCAAGACUGAUCUUCUUCGCAAGCGGCGGCAUGAUAACGCACAGUUAAUCACGUAAGAAUCUUGGGUAGUGAUGGGCAGAUAUAAUUUUUUUUUUUGUCCUGUCGUGGCUACGUAAUAGUUAAAAGUGAUGUAUAAACCAGUGCUUAGUCAGACUGUACUAGGACAUUUCCAGUAGAAAACCUCUGAACUGAAUAGGCCAGUUUUGCAUCAGGAAAUUCAAUUCCUGGCAUAUGACACAGCCUUGUUUGCAGAAACAGGAGAGGAUUACACGUGUGUGACAAGGGCUUAAUAAUAAAGAUCUAUGCCAAGUUGUAACUUUUUUUUUUCUUUCAUUCUUAUGUUCCAGCGGGAUUGAAUUUGAAGGUACUACAGUGGGGUUGGCCACCAAGUUGGCUAUGUGCACUGGGGAUUCUGGUGCGGUCAAUCAAGUGAGUACAAAUGUUUCUGAUCUUUGGCUCUACAAUUGUACAAUGCAGUGUUCACAAGAGUAGAGAUGAAUGUAGGUCAAACGGUUUAUGCCUUGCUUUAUCAGCUGUGACAUAAUCAAUAUACACAUAGAUUUGUUAAUAUUAAGAAAUUAAGGUAAAUUUGCACCUCUUUAACCAUUCAACUUGCAUUUGAGCUGUAUAGUCCUUUGUAUGUCAUUAAUGCAUGCUUUAUUCCUACCGCAGGAUCACAGUUCAAAUCCCAUUGGUGCUGCCUCAACAUUGGCUCAUGAAAUGGGGCAUAACCUUGGCAUGUCCCAUGAUGAAGAUGUGCCAGGUUGUCAUUGCACGGAAACGAGAGAAAAUGGUGGCUGUGUUAUGUCGAAAAGUGUGGGGUGAGAAAUAAUCGUGUUUGCUUUUGUGGAUAAUAUAUCUGUUUAUUUGUGUGGGAUUUUUGUUGUUGCUAUAUUACCCCAAUACAUUUUGGCAACUGACUAUCAAUAGAUUUUAAUGUUUUUGUUUAUGGGUUGCAUGCACAAGGGCACAUUGAAUAGCUCAAUCUCCAGUGCAGCCAAAGCUAUUCCAACAACCAUGUUUUUUUCGUGUGUUUUGUUUUGUUUAUUUAAUACAUUACAUCUACAUAUAUUGAUAAAUAAUUGGUGAGUAGCCUCCUAGUUUCAUCAUUGUCAUCAUUAGACCUAUGAGGGACCUUGUUAAUAUUUUAGAAUACAUAAUCACGUGUCCUUAUUCCAAUUGCAGGAUCGUCUACCCCAAGAUGUUCAGCAGCUGCAGUUUAACAGACUUACAAACCUUUUUAAAUGAAAUGAGUCCUACUUGUCUACUCAACACCCCUGAUACUAACCAGCUCUUUGGAGGGCCAGUAUGUGGAAACCAGUUUGUCGAGAGUGGAGAAGAAUGUGACUGUGGAAGUCUGGAGGUAACCAUAUAUUUAUAUAACCAUACACUCAAUGUGUCCUGUUAUCUAGUGGUUUUGGUCAUUCUUUUUUUUAUUAAUUUAAAUUAUCUUUGAAUAUACAUGUGUGCAUAUUCAAAUACACUCACACUCAUUUAAACUUCCUUGGGAUAAUGCACAGCUGUAGAAAUCAUCAUCUCAUAAUCUUAGCUAACUCUUUGCAAUUCUUUUGUGUUUAAGGAUUGCCUCGAUCCCUGCUGUAAUGCAACCACAUGCCGGCUGAAGGAAGGAGCACAGUGUGCUCAGGGAGAAUGCUGUCAGCAGUGCAAGGUAUGGUCUUAGUACCUUGACUAUGUAGUAAUAUCGUUAGCUGGCUGAUAACAUACCAUAGCAAAGAACUGUAUACAUUUUACAUAAAUAUUUAUAUAGCUGUAAUAGGAAUUUAGCUUUACUAUGUAGAUCAUUCAUUCACAGUGUUUUGUUACAGAUAGAUAAACAGUUUAUGGAUAUUUAGUUCUUCAAAGUGAUAUAAGAAGUAGCUUGUUACACCAGGGUGAAGUCUGAUAAUGAAUGUAGAGUAUUUAUUUCAUUUUUUUAUAAGCAACAUUGAAAGGGAUUUCAGUUGGGGGAGGGUUUGUAGUAUAUCUCUUUUGGAUUAAUCACCCAACAGCCACGUGUACUAUUGCUAAUAUAUACAAGUAGUAGAACCAGUGGAUAGGUUCACUAAAUCCCUGUUAUUAUUAGAUUCGGCCGGUCGGUGAGAUGUGUCGCACUAAGAAGGGGGAAUGCGAUUUGCCGGAAUAUUGCAAUGGGAAUUCUGCUGAAUGCCCCGAGGAUGCCUUCCAGGAAAAUGGAGUUACCUGCUUGAAUGGAUACUGCUACAACGGAGAGUGUCCAUCCCUCAUUCAGCAGUGUAGGACCUUGUGGGGCUCAGGUACGGCUAUUUUAUAUGUUGAGACUCAGAGCACUCCAAUCUUAGAUAAACAGAAUGAUGCAAAUGGAAUUGGACGCAUGACUAACCAGACAGACGGAAUUGAAAACUUAUUUUUUUUUUAAUAUAUAUUUUAAAGAUAGUCUUAACUCAUUGGCUCAAUCCAGCUAGAAAAUAUGAGAUUAUGUUAGCUGAAUAUUGUAAUAGCCUUGGAUUGUGCUUGUGCAUUUAAAAUGACUUAUUUUAAUUUGUCUUGUGCUACAUAAUCAGACUAUUUGAAAAUACGUUUCUCAAAAUGGCUUCUUAAGAAUCCAUUCCUACAGCAGUGCAUCUUAAGUUAGUCGUUUAAGGUUGCCAGCCAUUCAGGAUUUGACUACAACCGACAUGUACAAUUUGAUACACCCAUAAAUUCUGGUUUACCAGUAAGGUUGUCUUUGAGGAAUAGUCUAUGAAGCUUUACUUUGUAGCACGUGUUUUUCGGACCCUGUUCACAAGUAGAAGAAGCUCAAACCCAUAGUUCUAUCUUUCUAACUGGACCGACUAAGGAACAUACCAGCAGUGUUUUAUUACAUAAAAUAUUACAUUUAACACACUGGAGAUGCUUGGGGACCAUUGUUGAAAAUCACUGUUCUAUACAACUUAAGUUUGAGAGAUCUGAUUCUAUUUCUCCUUGUUUCCUACAGAGGCCCAGGUUGCUCCAGGCAGUUGUUUCAAGAAUAACAUCCAGGGCAACAAAUAUCUGCACUGCAAAAAGACAGCUAAUGGAUAUCGAGAAUGUAAAAGCAAGUAUGUAUUUCUGGAAAGUUUGGUUUUAUCUAUGGUUAAUAGAUCUAAGCUAGCAAUAUUGACUCCGAUCGCCAACUUUAAUAAAGAAAACUUUAGUUCAAUUAACUAAUUAUCUACAGUUAAUCUGUAUGACAGUGUAUUAAUUGUAUAAAGAACCUAUUUCUUUACAAAUCUGUUUGGACAGACCAGAUAGGGUAUGCUUUUUUCUAGCCAGACUGUGUUGGUCAGUUAGUUGUUCAUGGUGAUUGGCCAGUUCUGUUUUAAUUAGCAUUAAUGGAUUUUUUCUGUGUGAAAUAGUUAACAUUUCCCCAUAUAAUUUUUAACAGGGACGUUAUGUGUGGGCGCUUACACUGUACCAGAGGCAAAGAAUUCCCAACAACCAACAACAAAUACGUACUGACAAUGUCUGGUGGGAUCGAAUGCAAAGUGGCUGAAUCAGCAGAUAGGGAAAGUGGGUUAACAUCUGACCCAGGAAUGGUCCUUUCUGGCACCAAAUGUGGCAUGGGCAUGGUGAGGAUCCACUGUAUAUUACUAUCAACAUAACCUCUUCCGAUAUUAAUAGUUAUUCAUUUGCAUGAGUACAUUAAGGUCAUCAGAUGGAAUAUUUCAAGGAUUACAUUUUUUUUUUUAAAGAAAAUAUUUUGUAGCAUGUGUUUAACUUUUCUUACAUCAGAAAUCUUAAGUAAAAUUGUUGAUCAAACUUUCAACUACCAUGUGUAUUUGUUUAGGUCUGCUUUGAAGGAGAGUGUCGAGAUCUUUCGGUGUUUGGAGAAAAGAAUUGUUCCGCAAAAUGCAACGACCGUGGGGUGUGUAACUUAACCACAAUAGCCUGAAUAUAAUAAAUUAAUUUUAUUUUAAAAGCAGCCCACUAAAUCCCCUUACUAUCCACAUUACGGCCAAAUUCCAACACAAAUAAUUCCACAUGCCUAAAUUUCUUACACACACUCACAGGAAAUUGAAUUGUGCAGCUCAGUUAAGAGAAUAUUUCAAAAUCCACUAUUUUAGUUUACAUUUUGCAGUUAAAUUUACAAAAUCACUGUAGUAAAUUAUAUUUUUUGAUAUGGCCAUCAUUUAUUAUAUGAAGCCUUAAUGUAAGGAAUUUAAAGGUAUAGUAUAGUGUUAGGUAAUGCUAUAGUGAUCUGCUCCCUGAUUAGGGUACCAGCACCGUCCCCCUUAUUUACUUACUUUUUCUACCUUGCCGCGAUGCUUGCCUCUUUGAUGAUUAAUCUUUAUGAUCUCAGCCAAUCCAGUGUUUUCACGUAGAAAUCAUUGGGAGGCUAGUGCGCAUGCACAGCAAAACUCUACACUGGCCAAUCAAGUGGUGUUUAUGAGACCAUGUGACUGACUAACCGAGUAAUAAACAAUUCUAUUCAUUACAGGUUUGCAAUCACAAGAGGCAAUGCCACUGUGAACCAGGUUGGGCCCCACCAUACUGUGACCACAAGUUCACGGAGAUAACUGGAGGUAACAAAAAAUAUUUUUAUAAUGAUCAGUUUAUUUAAUAUUUUAUUGGCUGGGGUGGUGGGUUUCCAUGUUCUAUACACAAUUAUGUUAGUAUUAUAACUGGAAAAAUAUUAAUAGUAUGAAGUCAUGAAUGAUGAAUCAUAACAGUUGCGGCUGAUGCAUACCUCUGGAAAAAAUUCAGUGACACAUACCAUCAUUCUUACACUGACUGCAGUAAAGCUGCAUAUUAUUGAGAAGACUCUUUAAUAGCAAGCAGACUUCUCACUUAUAGGAAAACAACACUAAAUAUAACAUAAAAUUGUUUGCAGGAGAGAUAGCUCUUGCUUUUAUUGACAACUGGUUUUUGGUAAAUGGGCCUACUUUAAUUAUUUAAAAGCACUAAAUUGAAUUUCCUACAUCCGACAUUGUUUUAAUGAUAACAGAACUGCAUAACUGGCGAUCUUGUCACCCCAAAGGAAGUUUGAAUUGUAGUAGGCCUAAAAUAAUUCUAGGCUAUCCCACAUUCUACACUGCUUAAAGAGAGACAUGCUUCCUUGUUUGUCUGCUCUGUAAAUAAACGACCAGGUUACAUAAUGUGCAAUUUAAACGUAUAUUUACUGCUACUAUAAUUUUGUAGAUAAAGCACUCACUGUACUUCAACUUUAGCAUCAUAGAGAAAUGGAAAUCUUUCAGAAUGUCUUCUUGUCCCUGAAAGAAACACUGUAGAGGCAUAAAAAAAUUGCCUCUGAAGUCUCACUGCUUAAUUUACUGCCAUUUAGGAGUUAAAUCACGGUUGUUUCUGUUUAUGUAUUCCUAGCCACACCUUCCCUGGCUGUGACUAAUACAGUUUGCAUGAAAACAAAAUGGUUUCAGAUUCAAUCAGAUGUAACUUACUUUAAAAGUUUUUAUUUCUUGCUCUGUAAAUUGACCUUUAAUUACAUACAGGAGGUUCUGCAGGGUCUAGCAAGCCAUUACCAGAGCAGGAGAUUCUAAAUUAAAUUAAACUUGCAAUAAAGAACGCGUAAACAUUAGAUGACUCUUCAUAGGAAGUGUUUAAGGAGGCUGUGUAAGUCACAUGUAAGGAGGUGUGGCUAGGGCUACAUAAACAAAGUGAUUUAACUUCUGCCAGAGAAUUGAGCAGUGAGACGGCAGGAGCAUGAUCUAUGCACCACAUGUGCUUCAUUGAGCUAAAAUUGUUUUAGUGACUAUAGUGUCCCUUUAAGAUCAGCUCAGAAAAUAAAACCAGCUCUCCAUGCUACAGAAAGCAGAAGUACAGAAAUAAAAAAAAUAAAAAUCACAGCAUUGACUAUCCUAACAUUUUUACCGCAACUUGUGAAAACAAAGUAAUUUAACUUCAUGUUAUUGAAUACUGCUAAUUCUACUUGUAUCCAUUUCUGCAGGUGAAGAAAAAUGGGUUCUUGUUGCUGGGAUUUUGGUGGCGAUUUUACUGUUUGCCGUCUUGAUUGUAGGAGGGAUUUUUUACUACAAAUGGAGGCAAAGGAACUAUCCUCAAAAAAGGUGACAACUUUUGAAGUUUUUCACACACAACUGGCAUAAAUAGUAUGCAUCAUAAAAACCCCUAUUGAUUGAAAUUUCAAAAGACAUUUAUAAUGUAAAAAAACUGUUUGGCUGACAGAGAGCAAUUACCCCCGCAUUAUACAAAAAGUGAUAUUUUUCACAAAAUAACUUUCCAUUUACAAAUAUGCGACAUUAAAUAGAUUUAUUUUACUAUUGAAUUAUAUGUGCAUACAUUAGAUUUCUGCCUAGAAUAAAAGUCAAUGUAGUUAAGAGACAAAUUGGUUCUUUUAUGGAAAUGUAUGUUGAGCACAGAUUUCCAAUAUUCCUUUUUUCUUGUAUAAUCUGACAUCCCGUAACAAGGUUUUAUGUUGCAAACUGUAAUUACCAUUAGCAUUCCCCAGCUCUGUGACUGAUUAUUGAUUUGUUCUUAUGUCAGUACAUAUAAGUCAUCUGAGGAAUUUGUUCAUCGGCUAUAUGAUCCUCUCAGAGUCUGAGUCAUGUUUCACAGACUCUUGGCUGCUCAGAUUUUUCUUUCUAGAUCCCGUGCGGAUACAUUUUGAAAGCAGAUAUUCUGUGCUUACUUCAACGCCAAAGGAUAUUUGGUUGAAUUCCAGUCUGGGAACAACUAAACUGUGUCUGCAUCUCCUAAUGUAGAAAGUAUAGAAAAUAAAAAAAAUAACAUCUUUACAACUGACACAAUGUUAUCAUCAGAAACCAAUACUGUGUUAUUGGGUAAACGCAUCAAUACCUUACCUAAUUUGGUAUUGUUGAUCGCACUGCCUGUUACGGUGUAAGUUUGCCUUUUUAAGAAGCAAUGUUGGUCUUGUACUUUUUUUUUUUUCUUCGUCUUCUUCUUUCUAUUCUAUUUUUGUUUUGAGUUGUGUUUUGGUACACAGUCAAGAGGCCCAAUGUGCAGCAUUCAACACAAUAACUAAUUGCAUGUAAUCAUGAGUUUCUGGAAGUGAUGAAAAAAAAAAAAAGUCAAGCGAUUUCAGCAGGAUUUUGUAUAUGCAUGUAUUAAUAAAACGUACUGCUGGAAUAGCAGAAAACGGGGGAGCAAGGAACAGUGUCAAGCAAGCCUGACAUGUUCAGUUUUGUUACAAUGCAUUUAAAAAGUAAAGAAAAGUGCAGCAUAUAUAGCUCUUUAAAUAGAUUGUUAAAGUAUACUUGGAAAUAUGAUUUACAAAAAAUUCACUACAUGAUGCUUCAUACAACGCACGAUUUGUACACAUCCUGUCAAAAGCAGAAAAUAGCUUCUUUUAGCCAUAUUCUCAUUUAGCAUAAACACAAAUAAAUACAAAUAUUGUAGUCAAUACAAUAUGGGUCAUCACACUAUUGAUUUAAUAAUAUAUUUGAAAAACAUGUUGGCGAAGUAUAACAUUUUUUUACUUAACAGGUAAAUUACAUGCCCUUAAAGGGUUAAAGAAAAACACACACAGUUCAUAGUGAAUGCAUAUAUCACCAUCAGUUAAACUUUUGCACUUCAUGAUCCUUUUUUCUUGCUGAUCUCUAAAAAUCAUUUCCUACAGAGGUUUCGAGUCACUUCCUCUUAAGUGGACCAUAGGUUUAGUGGUUUUUCUGCAGAUGUCCAGAUGUGUGUCAUCUUAUUGAUUUAUCUUCAAGCUUCUGGUUUUCCGGGGGAAGAGGAACUUGUGACACAGAUUCAACAGAAAUAAAAACGAAAAACUGACCACUUAAUCUUUCAUUUACAGAUUUUGAGUAUGCCAUUUUAUAACCUAGAUUUAACCACAAUCAAAACCCAUAUACAUUUUUGAAGCAAAUCCCAAAUAAAAAUGCCAUCACUCAAAUUUAUUUCCCUGCAUGUUUUUCAGUAACUCUUUGACAAACGUAGUAUUAUUUCUCAAUAACCAUACAAUUUCUCCUAUGUUUACUGUAAGUUCUGAAAUACUAGGUUGGUACACCCAGAUAAACGCAAGGUCUUUAUUACUGACUUUUACCUACUGAUGUUUUAAGCUAAAGCUUUAAAGAUAAUUAAUCUUAAACAGCUUCACCUUGUGUGUGUUGAACUAAUUUUAUUGUUCAUUACAGGACGGUCACUGCAAGCUCCCGCUCUUCAGGUUUGUCCAAUCCUCUCUUCCAAGACAGCAGAAGCAACAGCAGACCCAUCAAGAAAAGCUUACCAAAUCACAUGAUUGGGCGUCCCCAGCUGAUUGCUAGCACUUCUAACCUUGAAGACUCUAGGUCUGCAUUUAUCACUAUAAUCCCAAAUGAGGACAUAGAAAAGGUACAAAAUGCAAACCAUAAAUGUAAUCCAUAAACCUUUCCAUCUAUGUCAGUUUAGAACAACUGAGCUCAAUCUCUUCCUAAAAACUCCAUCGUGCAUUCUGUAACAUUCUACAAUGUCCAUCAGAUAUCCCAAUUAUCUUCUCAAUCUCCUCAUCCUAAUAGCAUAUUUUGUCAUUAGAAUUCUAAUAAUAACAAUGGUGCCAAAGUACUUACUUAUUUUUAUCCUUUCACAGAUUCCCACAUUUGUUCUGGAUUCCCAGCUCAAGUCUGCUAUCGAAAUUCCAAAAUCACCCCAGGUAGUUUACAUUUUGUCCUUUUACCAUAAAACAUACCAUUAAAAAUAUUUUUUCAUUUGGUUUGGGAAAGACAAAUCGCCAGUCAGGGAGUAGGUUGUGUCUAUGUCAUCUAUUUAUUGAUUUUACUAUACAGUUUGAUGACUUUUGCUGAUUAUGCUUCUUUGUAUAAUUGCCUAUAUUCAGCAAUAUUAUGGACGGAAGUAAUCUCCAUAGUACGUAGUUAAUUUUCUCAACACUAAGACGCUCGGAUCUUUCUAAUGUUGCAUUACUGUUUUUCAGGUAACAAAACCUAGAAUUGCUCCUCCUGGACCACCAGCCAAGCCUGUCAAAGCACCAGCCAGACCAGUAAUUCCACAGGUAAGUGACAUUUUCAUUAUAAUAAUUUGAGUGUGAAUAUAGCAAGAUCUCACCUUACUAGCUAAUUUGGUUUAAACAUGUUUAAAGCUCUAUUAUCAUUUCUACACUGCAAAUUCGUGUGACACAUUCUCUCUCUGUUUUAUUCCCAGGCUCCAAUCCCUCCAAACAAGCCUUUGCCUGCUCUGAAAACAAAACCAGUAAGUAAUCUUUGCACUGUGCAAAAAAUACAGAUUAUUUUAAAAUAGGGUGUGAGUUUUUAGUGAAUUGUUCUCCCUUUAAAGACCAUUUAUAGAUAAUAGUUACACGACAUAAAAUUUUAAUUAAAAAAAUACUCCCUUUUUGAAGAUCCUGACCCCGCGUAGAGAAGCUUCCUCAAUCAGGAGCUCUCUUAGUCUGGUCUAUGGGGGACUGCUCUUAUCUCUUACAUCUCUGUUCAGCAGGGGGUUUAUAGGAUAAGUAAUUAAUCCCCCGGUAGUUGUUCCACUCAUUACAUUGGAUGAAUGGAGUUGUUCUAUAAACAGAUGGCAUCUACAAUGUAGCUGCUAUCGGUUUAUACAUAGCCCUGUUCACAAUUUGUUAUAAGCCACUCAUAGUGUUGGAUACUCUGUACACCACAACCUUUGGUGCUUAUACUGACCCUUUUGAACACAGCAUUUGCUUCCCACUAAUUUACACUAAUAAGCCAAGCAUGCUUGAUUAGUUCUCAUGGUAUACAGAUUCUCACUAGGCACCAAUGUCAUGGUAACUGCUACAUAAAUGUGAUUAAGCAAUAUUGCAAAAGACAUGGACACUGGAUCACUAAAUGUUAGCUAAACAAAUAUAUUAAAAACAUGUGCAUCUAUUUUUUUUUCAUUGAACUUCCCAAUGCUUACCGAGAGUCACAGUCAAUAUAUUGUUUGACAAUACUAUAGGGAUAAGAUUGUGUAUGUAUUGGUAAUAAGUCAGUCAUGUUGAUAUACUCUACUGUCCUUUACAAUAGUUGUUAAAGGGGCACUCUAGGCACUAGAGCCACUUAAUCUUAUUAAAGUGGAUCGAGUAUUGAAGUCCCUCCAUUCUAUUUUCAAACAAUUUAACACUGAUGAAGGGUCCCUGGCUAACCACAGCCUGCCCCCUUCUCACUGUAGAGGUGUGUUUAAGACUGAGAUUACACUUUUACUCUGCCAUACCAAUACAUACCAGCAAUGGGAGCCUGUGAUAGGUUGAGAGCUGUCAGCUGACACUCAGCUAAUCACUGCCUCCUGUUGUAGACAGGGAUUGGAAUGUUGAGGAAAUUAAUUUAACAAUGAACGGAAGGAUGUUGCCAAGGAAGUUGAGGCACUAUAAAGGGAUGAAGUACCUACAAUGUCCCUUUAAAAUAUGUCAGAAAUGGUACAUGAAGUAGCCCUUGGGAAAACUAUUUAAUUAAACUAUGAUUUCCUUUUUAAGGCAUAUACACUGCAUAAAAAUACAUUUGACUAACAUGUAUAUUUUCAUUUCAGGAAUUGAAACAGAAACCAUCACCACCUGUAAAACCAUCACCACCUGUGAAACCAUCCGCAGUAAGAAUGUCGCCUAUGCCCUCACAGGUAAGUAAUGACUGGAUUGUAAGCAUGCGGUCAUGUGAAAUUUGGGUAGCUUUAUACUACAUAUUAGUUAUCACUAAUACUAUUUAUUAUAUUAAUCUGUGAAUACUCUACAUUGGUUUAUUUAAAUCUAACCCAUUGUAACAGAGUAGGCAAGUAAAACUACAGUUAUCUCAGGAAUACAUGGUAGAUGCUACUAAUGCCACGAUGACAAGAACUCACAUGCUUUUUUUUUUUAUAAACAUGUUUGCCCUAGAAACUAAUCUUUUUAAUGUCAACCUAAUUUUUAAUGUCAAUCUCUCUUUUUUCUUUGUCCACAGAAAGUGGCCCUGAGGCCUCCUGUCCAGCGGAGAUGACCCUUUACUUGCACUACAGACCAACUUGGACUACCCAAAGAUUUAGAGAUUGUGCAGAAUCUCACUGCAAUGGUGCCUCCUGCUGUUGACUGCACACAAAGCUCAUGUUGUGCCUUAUAAGAAUUAAUAUGAAGAUUACGGAUGGUUUCACAACAAAAACGUUGUGGUUUCCGAAGACUCCGCGUUAUGGAGAGAGAAAGAGUACUCUUUAGGAAGAUUCCACUAUGAGCCGUAGUGGUUAUGGUUAGAGAGCCCCUUUCUCAGUAGACCAUGCAAUGGAAGCGCAUUACAGAUUCUUUCUGUAGAUUUAAUACUGAACUGGAAACCAUAAAGUGGAAUGUUGAAGUGCUGGCUAUGCUCAGCAUCUGAAAUAUUGCACCAGGAUUACGCUCAUCAUGAGGAUCAAACAAACUAUUUAUACUGAAAGACUUACUGAGAGGAGAAAUAGAUAGAACAAUUCAGGCCUUCUAAAUGGCCAGAGCUUGUUUCAAGAGGGUUUAAGUAAGCCAAAUGCUUUAUGGGACCUUUAAUUCGGCAGCACUGCAAUAUUUGCACUAUUUUGUCUCUAAAGAAGACUUGGUGCAGAACAAAUCUGUUUCCAAUGAAACACCUGCUGCUUAUAUAGGUAAAUCUAUAUACCCACUUUAAUUUGCACUGGCUUAUGUAUACUUUUCUUUUGUCUCUAGCAAAAAAGGGAGUUCUUUUAUAUUUUCAACAAUGCUGAUUCCCCUCCCCACACAUAUUUAACAUGUAGGAAAUACAAUCCGACAGAAGAAUGCAUAAAUAGUGUGUCAUUCUUGUAAAAAAAAAAAAAAAAAAAGACUGUUUUUUUUACUUCUACAUUCCAAGAACCACAUUCAGUAUUUAUCUUAUCAGGAUAGCUGCCCUGAUGCGGAACAUACUGCACAUAAGAGGGUAUGUUAUCACUGCCAAUCUACAGUUAUUUACAGGUUGCGCCAUCGCUCACACAGAUUGGUGUGUCUUUACUGGAGAUAGAUCACCUGUUUACAUAUUUUAGGUACAAGUGUAUGCAUGUUUUUUUUCAUAGAUGCAAUUCUCUGCACUGAAUUAUAGGUACACAUCCUGUGUAAUUCUGGAUUUUGUUGUUGAAGUACAUAUAGAUCGCCUUAUGUGGCCUGAAUUUUACUGAUCAACUUUUUUUUCCUUAGCGCAUUCUCAACUUGCACAGUAAUUUCUUUAAAUGUAUUGCAGGUCCCCUUUUCUCUAACAUCUCAUAAAUUAUUGCUGCAUUUUCAGAUGUCUAAAAAGUUAUUGGUUUUAAAAUAAACAGUACAACAAGACUUCUUAUUCAUCUCAAACCAAGCUUUGAGUCGCAUUCCAUGCCUGUCGGGGAGAUUUAAUUAAACACACAUAAGCACCAUGAUAAAAAAAAAAAAAAGUCACAAGACGCUUGUGACUCAGUUAAGAUCUCAGCUCUAUGUCUCAACAGGGAAUUGUGUUACUAGAUUCUCCUGAAUUGUUAAAACAUGUUGUUGCUUUCUGGAGCAAUACUUAUACUUGACUUCUCCCUCUAUCUUUUUGUGUUGUUACCCAACAUAGUGGAGGCUAAUUAUUUAUUAUGCACACAUACCUCCUUUAGCUGGGUAAAAAAAACACAUUUAGUUUUGUGAAAUGCUAUAUGCUGCAUUUGUAUUUAAUGGACCAUGUCCUACGUAUGGAGAUGUUGCAAUACAUUGUGAAAGCGUACAUAGUUUAGAUUGUUUAUACAUGGAUAGGCUUACAUUACUUGUAAACUAUUUUACCAAGGGACUGGAGGGGGGGUUAUUGUGUGGCUUUAAAGAAGCCAGUGUUAUCAGGUAUUUUAUAUUUUUUAUCAAUAAAAUACAUAUGUAAUUAUUA